UAGUUCUCUCAGCUCAGUUCAGAAAAUAUAUAAUUAUUAUUUUUAUUAUUUUUGCAGGUGAAAAUGAUAACUUUAUAUAUUUUAAUAUCAUUUGCGUUGACAAAUGUUUCGGCCGCUUUGGAUGAAUAUAAAGAGCAUGUUCUGAUGACAAACCACCAGAUAAUGCACACAAGAGAUAAAUUUUUGUAUUCGAUAAUUGAAGAAGCGGUUCUUUCUAGAAAAUUUACAAUGGCGGAGUUAGUAUUAAUGUUUGUAGUACCAGAAGUAAAAAACAAAGACAUAGCAGAAUACAUAGAGCAACAAGACAAAGAAAAUCCCAUAGAAAAUUACACAUAUCAUAAAAAAAUAGAGUACCAAAAAUUUGUACAUGAAAAACUACGGGCUUCCACAUCUGAUGUAACUCCGAUGAGCGAAGAAAAUUGUGUAGAGCAUGGAGAAUUACUAAAAAAUCUGGAAAAACGAAGAAGAAUGAUGACUAUGAAAUCUACAGCGUUAUUAAUCCAUCAUGUAAAAACUGGAGAGAAUGCACGAUUCGGACAAUUUUCUGAUAUAUGUAAUUUAAUAGGAUUAUACAAAAGUUUGGAGUACCCAAAAAAAUUUAUAAGACAAGCUAAAGUCGAUAGAUAUGGAGUUUGUUCACUAACAGAUAUAAACGGUGUCGUUAGCACAUACUUUAGCAUUAAAGAUUUAUAUAUUAUACCAGUCUUCAAUACAUACUCUAUGAACACAUAUUUUUAAAGGACCAUUAUAAUUAAAUGU